AUGUUUAAAUUUGUAGAAUACAAAAACUUUGAGUAAUUUCAUUAGUUCUUGAAUUCUCAUCCUUAAGUCACAUAUCAAGAAAUUAUUAAACAUCCUCUAUAAGAAUUUCAAUUUGAAAAUGAAUUUGUUAAUCCUAUUAUUGUCAAGCAAUCUGUCAAGUUGCCCUUUCAAGAAUAUAUAAACAUUAUGCAUUGUUCAAAUAGAUUCGUAUAUCUAGCCAGUCAAAAAAGAGUCCAAGUCUUUGAUAUUAGAACUGAAAUUAAAUUGAUUUCGAAACUAGAAAUAUAAAAUUCCCUUGUAAUCUAAGAAACUGAGGAUUGCUUGUUCAUCGGACAACUAGAAUAAAUAAUAUUAAUUGAAAUCUCAAAGGAUUUUUCAAUUAUUGGUACCUAUAAAUUAGGAUAAGUGUAAAUUCCUUUUUCAUUUCUAAGAGUUAUUAAUGAAUCCUAAAAACAGUUAGAUUGGUAUGAAAUUGUGAUUGCUGAUCUCAAGGGCAACUCUUCCAAAAUCAAAUGCAACAUUUUUAAGCUCUUUAAUAAGAGGAACGUAUAAUUUUCAACCUAAGAGUUAACAUCAAAUGGAUCAAUUAUUGAUUAAAAACAAAAAAAGUUGUAUGAUUCAGAAUUCAGCAUCCUUUAUGAGUUAUUAGUUUUACAAGGAAGCAAUGAAAACUAUGCAUUUCUAUUAUAUCAAAUGCACAAUCGUAUUUCAAUUAUUAGAGUAAGCAAAAUUAAUAAAGAAACACCAGUUUAAUUGUAUAAUUUAUAGAAUGAUCAUAUCGAUUCUGGUUGGGCCUGUCUAUCAACUUGCUUAGAUAAUAAUAGUUAAAUUAGAUAUUCAAUUUGUUGUAGCUAUGGGAAUGUCAUACAUUUAUUUAUGUAUGAAAUUUUUGGAGGCUCAAUUACAGUUGAUGAAAUUGGAGUCAAACAAUUAGAAAAUGAAAGAUAAAUAAAUGGACUGGAAUGCUGUGAUUCUGAUAUAUUUGUAGUUUUAUUUGAUGAUGGCUUUGCACUAGUUCAUACAACAGAAUUCAAGAAAUGUGAAAACAAAUUGAACUAUUUCAAUCAAUCAUUGAAAAUCAAAAAAUUCAACGGUCAUUUCAUGCUAGGCUUGACUGAAGACUCUUUUGAAUUCAUGACUCUAUAAGAUUGUAGAACUUUAUUAUAGAAUCAAGCAGAUCAGUUGGAGUUUAGAAAAGCUAUGUAAAAUGCAGUUAGAAUUAUGAAUGGUGAUUUAUUGAUGAUUAAGAUUGCUCCUUCUGAUUAAUUAUCAGAAUUACUCUAAAAAUUAGCCUUUACUGAAUGCUUAUUUUUGGGCAAAUCAAAAAAUUUAACAGUCUAAUCCUUAUCUGAGAUUAUUAAGUUUUUAAUCAAAACUAAACAAGAGCAUUAUUUAUUUACUAUUAUCAGUGAUGUCACAUCUGAUUUGGGAUACAAAGAUGUCUUUGCUAAUACAAUAGAAUGCUUACUUAGACAGCAUUAGAUACCUUAUAUACCUGAUUAAUAACUAUAUGAAUUAUGUAAAAUGUAUUAAAAUUAAAAAAAUGUUGAGAUGAUACAUCAUUUAGUUUGUUCAACUGAUUUUAAAAGAAUAUCAAGUGCUAUAUUAAUUACUUGUUGUGAAUAAAUGAAAAUGUAUAAUGAGAUGAUCUAUGUUUGUCAAAAGUCUCAAGAUUUUGUAACUCCCCUUGUAAAAUUGUUUGGAGGAGAUUAAUUAUAGGAGGAAUGCCAAAAAUAUAUAUUGAGCAUUUUGGAGGGUAAAUCAUUUGAAGGAAAGAAUCUAACCGACGAAUAGUUUACUAUUGCUUUACGUAGUUUAAUUUAGUUUCUAUUUGUGAGUGAAAACCUAUUUAAAUUUAUUAAUAAAGAUCCAAAGGGAGCUAUAGAUAUAAUAUAUUAAUUUUAUAUUGGUAAAGCUUAAACUUGCAUUGAAAACAGUGGAGCAGAGAUUAUAUUAAAAUUGUAAGUUGAUGAGACUGAAGGCUCUCUAUUUGAUAUUGACUAAAAUAAUUUGCGAUGUUCAACCCAUAGAAUAAUGUAUCUAUCACUUAGAAAAUUAGAGUUUCUAAAAUCAGAUAUUUGGAUCUCAUACUUAACUGCAAAAUUAUUAAUAUAAAAGUUUCCUUUUUCAUCUCAAGUAGCGUAUGACACAAUUUAUACGCUUUGUAGAAACUACGAAUUUCUUUUAUAACUUAACAAUGACAUACUAUUAGUUAAUCAAUUUAUCAUCCGUGUAAUGAUGUCGAAAAAACUUACAGAACAAUAAUUGUCAGAUCUAGAGUUUUCAGCCUCAAUUGUUAAAAAGUUCUCUUUGGCUUUAGUGUUCAUAUAUUCUCAAUAAUAACAAUAUAAUAAGGCUUUUGAAGCUUUUAAGAUGGUAAAUCCUUAAAUUAGAGAACUAAUUUUUCCAUGGAUUUAGUAAUUGGUUGAAUUAAGGCCAAUGAUUUUAAAUUCAUAAAAUGAUGAAUUUAUAUUAGAAAUUUUGAAAUACCUAAUUACAAUAGAUGAAUAAUAAACGUAUAAAUUAAUUGAAAAAUGUUUUCAUCAGAAACACUUUUAGAUUUUGAGUUGUUUUUAAAAAGAUUUUGAAGAUUAAAAAUACUUUGCUAAUUUCAUAUCCUACUUAUUUUAAUCUUAAAAAGUGUUUUUAAUUAAUGACUAAACCAAAAUACUUUAUCUCAAAAGAUUAUGUGAAACUUAGCCUAAAUAAGUGUUAUCGGCUAUUAAAAGCAUGAAUUUUCCAUUGGACGAAGCAUUAAAAUUGACAAAGGAAUUUAAAAUCAAUUAGGCAGCUGCUUAUAUUCAUUAAAUGAGUGGAGCUAUAAAAUAAGCAUUGGAUAUAUAUAUCAAUUCUUUUUUAAAGAAAAUCAAAAAUUCUAUAGUUCUGCUAAUGAAAAAGUAGACUCUGGAUAAUAAUAUCACUGAUAAAUUAAAAUAUAAAUUAGAAACCAUUAUUUAAAUAAUUUUAGAAGAUUUAAAAUAAAAUUAAUAUAAUAAUGAUGAUGAUUAGAAAUUAUGGAUGUAUUUUGUCGAUCUAUAUAUAAAUCAAAAUAAAAUAAGAACAUUCAUUAUGCCAAAUAUUCCUUAAAGCGUAAAAGAUUUAUUGAGUCUUUAUUUAAGUGAAUAUUUAGCAAGAAUCAGUGAUAGAGUUCAAGUCUCAUAAAUAUUUGAUCAAUUAAAUCUAAACUAUCCAUAAUUACCAGUAUCUGUAUUUAGAUAGACUAUUUAUAGAGUGGUGAGUAAGUUUCAUGAUGAUUUAAGAACAUUAAAAGAAACUUCAUUAAUCUAGAGUAAUGAGAAAUACCAGAUUAUAUAAUAAUUAAAAGAAAUUAAUGUAAUAAUUUAUUAAGUUUUAGUAAAGUGCAUGGAUAUGCAAUCAUAUUUGUUAAAGAUGUUAAAAUCAUAUAGUUGAUUCUGAACUUGCUAUUGCUUUUACAUGUUCUCAUGUUUUCCACGAUUAUUGUGUCUUAAAAGGCAUAUAUAAAAUACCAUAUUGUGAUACAUGCUAAACAGAAACUUCAUAUAAGAGUAAUAAUGUGAAAUAUAUAGUCUAAAAGGAGAGAGUUUUGAAAUAAUAUGCAGUCACAUAAUAAAUUUCUGAGCCUAAGUUCCUUUAGUAGAUGUCUGUGAAUAAAAUUACUGUUAUAUCAAAUCAACAAUAAUAGAUGUAAACGAGAAAGGAUAAAAAACAAUUGAUUAAGAGAUUUGAUUAUGAAUUAUAGUAAAAGUAUGAUUAUUCUUGGGCUUGA